AUGGUGCUGCCGAAGGCAGAUGAAAGGACUUCGUCAUCCUCGGCCACCGCGGCGGCGGCGGACCAGAGAAAUCUACAGGAGUCUCAGGCGGAGGUUGCGGCGCCCGGAUGUCUGCCGCCGGUGUCGAGCAAGGCAGAGAAGUUCCCGGCGCGGCCCGGAUUCGGGACCGUCGGGAAGAGGUGCCGCGUUCGCGCCAACCAUUUUUUUCUCCAAGUCGCCGACAAGAAUAUCUACCAUUACGAUGUGGCAAUUUAUCCGGAAACAAGGUCUCGAGAUCAGAAUAGAUCGAUAAUCAACGAACUUGUUAGACUUCACAGACAAUACUUGGAUGGUAGAUUGCCUGUUUAUGAUGGAAGAAAGAGCAUAUAUACUGCUGGGGCACUUCCAUUCAAGAACAAAGAAUUUGUUAUCAAACUUGUGAAUGCCAACAGAGGGAACCAACGGGAGGAGGAAUACAGGGUGGCGAUAAAGCAUGCUUCAAAUCUGGAUUUGUACAAUCUUCAACAGUUCUUGGCUGGUAGGCACAGGGAGUUGCCCCAAGACAUUAUCCAAGCACUAGACAUCGCUCUAAGGGAGUGCCCCACAACUAAGUACGUUUCGAUCUCAAGAUCAUUUUUCUCCCAGUCAUUUGGACAUGGUGGUCCAAUUGGCAACGGUGUCGAAUGUUGGAGGGGGUAUUACCAAAGCCUACGCCCAACACAGAUGGGAUUGUCGCUAAACAUUGAUAUUUCGGCAACAUCAUUUUACAAGGCCCAACCAGUGAUGGCCUUUGCAGUUGAAUAUUUGAACCCGCGAGAUACUUCUAGGAUGUCUGAUCAGGAUCGUAUUAAGCUGAAGAAAGCCCUUAGAGGUGUCCGGGUUGUGGCCACUCAUCGUACAGAUAAAAAAAUCCGUUACAAGAUUACUGGGAUAACCUCCGCUCCGCUGAAGGAUUUAACAUUUGAUCAAGAUGGGACACGCAUGUCGGUUGUCGAUUACUUCCGGGAGCAAUACAAUUACUCAUUAAGAUAUACUAACUUACCCUGCCUUCAAGCUGGCAGUGAUAACAGACCGAUAUAUUUGCCUAUGGAGGUUUGCAGCAUAGUUGAGGGACAACGGUAUUCUAGAAAGCUGAACGAACGCCAAGUUUCAGGAAUACUAAAGAUGGCAUGUGAACGACCGGCACAAAGAGAGAAGAGUGUUCUAGAUAUUGUUAAUAGGAACAAUUAUGGCAAUGAUUCCUUUUCGAAAGAAUUUGGCAUGAAAGUGAUGAACCAACUUGCAUUGGUUGAUGCUCGCGUACUUCCUGCCCCAAGGCUCAAAUAUCACGACUCUGGACGAGAUAAAGUAUGUGAUCCUUCAGUAGGACAGUGGAACAUGAAUAACAAGAAAUUUCUCAAUGGAGGAUCUAUCAACUAUUGGGCAUGUCUAACGUUCGCUUCUCGCAUGCACCCUAAGGAUGUUGGCAUGUUCUGCAAUGAUCUGGCCCGCAUGUGCAAUAGCAUUGGCAUGCAAAUGAAUAUGAAACCAUGCGUGGAUAUCACACAACCAAGCCGUCAAGAUAGCGUGGAAUCUGCUGUCAGAAAUAUCCAUAGGCUUUCUGCACAAGUGAUUGCUCAGCAAGGUCUAGUCGGGAAGCAACUUGACUUAUUGAUCAUCGUAUUACCUGAUACGAAUGUUCCUUACGGAAGGAUAAAACGGCUUUGUGAAACCGAGCUUGGUGUGAUAACUCAGUGCUGCUUACCUGUUAAACUUCAGAAGGGUGGAAAACAGUAUCUUGAAAAUCUCUCUAUGAAGAUCAACGUUAAGGUUGGAGGUCGGAAUAUGGUGCUUGAAAAUGCUUUGUACAAGCGGAUACCACUUCUAACAGAUGUGCCUACGAUUGUCUUUGGGGCUGAUGUGACUCACCAUUCUCCAGGAGAAGAUUCAUCUCCAUCCAUCGCGGCGGUUGUUGCAUCGAUGGAUUGGCCAGAAGUUACAAAGUACAAAUGCAUGGUCUCUUCACAAGGUCCUAGGGAAGAAAUUAUAGCUGACCUUUACACAGAAACAAAAGAACCACAGAAGGGUCUUGUUGCUGGUGGGAUGAUAAGGGAAUUGCUAGUCUCUUUCUACAAAGGCACUGGACGCAAACCUAGUAGAAUUAUAUUUUAUAGAGAUGGUGUUAGCGAAGGACAGUUCAGCCAAGUUUUGCUUUAUGAAAUGGAUGCAGUUCGCAAGGCUUGUGCUACUUUGCAGGAGGGCUAUCUUCCACCAGUUACAUUUGUCGUUGUGCAAAAGAGGCAUCACACUCGCCUAUUUCCUGAAAAUCAUGGUGCGAGGGAUUUAGCAGAUCGAAGUGGAAAUAUCCUACCUGGAACUGUUGUCGACACAAAGAUCUGCCAUCCUACUGAGUUUGAUUUUUACCUGUGUAGCCACGCUGGUAUUCAGGGGACGAGCCGCCCGACACAUUAUCAUGUUCUUCUCGACGAAAACAGGUUUAGCGCUGAUGCCCUGCAAACCCUGACAUACAAUCUUUGCUACACUUAUGCUCGGUGCACCCGUUCGGUGUCCAUAGUUCCUCCAGCAUAUUAUGCGCACCUGGCAGCCUUCCGUGCGCGCCACUACUUGGAGGACGAGUUCUCCGACCAGGGGUCGUCCUCGGCCACCUUGCGGGCGCAUGAACGGUAUGCUCCUGUGAAGCAGCUCCCGAAGAUCAAGGACAAUGUAAAGGAGUUCAUGUUCUACUGCUGA